UGGGCCACAAGUUGCCGCGGUUCAGUGACAGCUUCAAGUUUCGGCGCGAUCUGCGAUCCCUGUGGGUUUUUCCGGAUCGCUGUUGUUUAAUUCGGCGCACAUGUGGGGAACGUUAGUGAUGUGGGAAUCGGAAGUGUUUAACGCUGCUCUUGCGGUGUGUCUGAGGCCGACCCGAGCAGAGGGCUGGGGAGAGGGAUCGUUAACUGAAAGGAAGUGGGGAAGCUUCGACAUGAAGAGGAAGGUGUCAGGUCAGAGCAGAGGAGGUGAAGGCGGGUGUGUGUGGGGGACCAACCCAAGAGUGGAACUGUUCGAAACUGAAGAUGACGACUGUUUUGUUAAUCCCCAAGGAAUCGGUGCACCGAGUGUUUACCAUGCGGUGAUCGUAAUCUUUCUGGAGUUUUUUGCUUGGGGUCUGCUAACUGCACCGACCCUGGGGGUUUUGCAUGAGACCUUUCCCAAGCACACAUUUUUGAUGAAUGGCUUAAUUCAGGGAGUGAAAGGAUUACUGUCAUUCUUGAGCGCACCCUUGAUAGGUGCACUCUCUGAUGUAUGGGGCCGAAAGUCUUUUUUGCUGCUAACUGUGUUUUUCACCUGUGCUCCUAUUCCAUUAAUGAAGAUCAGUCCAUGGUGGUAUUUUGCAGUUAUCUCCGUGUCUGGUGUACUUGCUGUAACCUUCUCUGUGGUGUUUGCUUAUGUGGCUGACAUAACCCAGGAGCAUGAAAGAAGCAUGGCCUAUGGACUGGUGUCUGCAACGUUUGCUGCAAGCUUAGUUACCAGCCCAGCCAUUGGUGCAUAUCUGGGGCGGGUUUAUGGAGACAGCCUCGUGGUUAUCCUGGCCACAGCUAUUGCGCUACUCGAUAUCUGUUUUAUUCUGGUGGCUGUACCAGAAUCACUGCCAGAGAAAAUGCGGCCAGCCUCUUGGGGAGCUCCCAUAUCCUGGGAGCAAGCUGACCCAUUUGCGUCUCUCAAGAAAGUUGGCCAAGAUUCAACAGUUCUCCUGAUGUGUAUUACAGUUUUUCUCUCCUACCUCCCAGAGGCAGGCCAGUAUUCCAGCUUCUUUCUGUACCUCAGACAGGUCAUGGGAUUUUCAUCAGAAAGCGUGGCUGCCUUCAUAGCAGUUCUUGGCAUCCUCUCCAUUGUUGCCCAGACUGCUGUUCUAAGUUUGCUGAUGAGAUCAAUUGGUAACAAGAAGACUAUUCUGCUCGGUUUGGGUUUCCAGAUGUUACAAUUGGGCUGUUAUGGCUUUGGCUCUGAGCCCUGGAUGAUGUGGGCAGCAGGCGCUGUGGCAGCUAUGUCCAGUAUUACUUUUCCAGCAGUCAGUGCUUUGGUUUCACGCAAUGCUGAUCCAGAUCAACAAGGUGUUGUUCAAGGUAUGAUCACGGGGAUUCGAGGCCUGUGUAACGGCCUGGGACCAGCUCUGUAUGGGUUUAUAUUUUAUAUAUUCCAUGUGGAGUUAAUUGAAGUACCAGAGAAUGAAGUGGGAUCUCUUGACAGCCGGACGACACACAACCAUUCUCAACAGAGUUCAAUACUUCCAGGACCACCAUUUUUAUUUGGAGCGUGCUCAGUGCUGCUGGCCUUGCUUGUGGCCUUAUUUAUCCCGGAACAUACAAACACAUCUGUACGAUCCAGUAACUGGAAGAAACACAGCAACAGUCACGGUCACACACACAACCCACAAGCACCUACUGAGGCCAAGGAACCAUUACUCCAGGACACUAAUGUAUGACACAGGACCCACUGGACCCACUACCGAGCACUGAAAGCUCAGAGGCUGAGUCCUAUUUUUUUNAGAAAAAAGAGGCUGUUUAUGGUGUUAACCUGUAAAAACGAUGCACGUUUUUCUGAAUAUGGACAUCAGGUAAUUCAAUCAGGAUUGUAUUCAUCCUGUUAAGGACAGCAGCAGGUAAGACAUCCAGGACUCUGCAGGUUGGAACUGAUUGAGCUUUUACAAAGCAUAAUGACUAAAGUAUUUACCAAAAAAACACGCUCUGAAAGGUUUCUUAACUGUGGUGAUUGUUCGAGGAUUUGUGACUAGAUAUUAUUCCAAGUCCCAACAACAUGGCAUUUUUUUUGACACAGUGUUUGGAUUUUGUGCCAUGUACAGAUUAGUCACAGUGUUUGUUUGUUUGUACAGUUCUGCUUUAAUUUAAGGUGUAUUGGAUAUUAGUGAAUGGCUAAAUUCCAGUACUGAGCAGUCGAUACUCCGAUGCUGGAAGGGUUCUGCUGUACAUGUCUCUAGACCUUCUUAUGCUGUGUCUGAGUGGGACAAAUGACUCUUAUGUUCCAUCUAUUUUGAGCAUUACUGUGGAAUCCAGGGUGGUUAGAUACGUAAGCCUUAAUGUAGUAGAUGCACUUAAAUACAAACUUAAAAGCCUGCUAUGGUGCCAGUUUAUCUGAAAGAAAAAUCAUCCAAGGCAGCAUGACAAAUGUAUCUGAAAUAAAAACACUGCACGAAAUAUCCUUUUCUUUCUGGUAAUGCGUCUAUAGAAUGUUUCAUCAGAACUUUUAAACUAGCUUCUUGAUCGUUCAGCUAUUUAAUUCAUGCACCUCAGACCUUAUCUCUGUCAAUGGAAAUCAUGUUGGUGCGAAUAUUUGACUGGAAUGCAGACCAAGUGCUUUGUUUGAAGCUUCAUUUCAUUUUGCCUCAGAAAGCUAGUCUAAAAACGGUUUGUCAUGAUAAUGCUUGGUUUUAUUCACUUUAGCAACCUUUUUGAGAUACAAUUUGUAAUUUAAACAGUUUAUCGAGACCACCUUCCUCUCUGCCUUUUUCUUCUGUCUCACUUUUAUAUGCAUUUAUAGCUGAUGUAAUGAGUAAAUUAUAUUUAUUUUAUCUUUUAACCAGAGUAUCCUGAGUAAAACCUAAAAUAUUUCAAGCCUUGAAAUGCCAUUUUUUGGGUUUAAGAGUUCGCCCUUGAGAUUGUGGCCUUUUAAUAUGAACCAUAUUUUGGUAACUAAAAGUAAAAAAAACAUAUAACUUUGAUUUAAUCAGAACCAGAUUUGAAGCAGUGUAUGUAAGGCAGGUAUGGAUUUUCAGAAAUUGUCUAUUUUUGUGUGCAGUUAUAAUUGAGCAAAAACAUUGUACUGUAUUUCUUUGUGUAAAGUAAUGCCAAUACAUGUAUAAAGGAAAUCCUAAAAAUGUUCAUUUCAUUCUAUUCUCUUCUCCUUUGUACCUUGUUUUUGGAAAAUUGUGGAUCCUGAGAUGAUAGACAGUAUUUUUCCCCUUUUCCCCAUUUCAUUUUGCAACAAACUAGUUUCAAAGCAGAAUGUCUUAAAUACCAGUAAUAUGAUUAUCACAAUGUGUACCUAACACACUGUAAAUAAGUCAUUCAUGUUUAGUUCAAUAAAACUAAAUAUUUUACAUUAG